AUGUCUGUCAUUGAUCAGAGUGAAUUCUAUCAUUUUGUUCUCUUUCAGCAUGGUUUUUGGGGAGCAUCAUCAGACUUCAAUGGACUUUUGAUUCAUCUAUUCCAGGAGAAUGAGAAAUGUUAUAAUAAAGACUAUAAAGAGGGUGAAGGAGGGGAAUCAUCGGCUUCUGACUUUCCCUUUGAGGCGACAGAUAAUAAUAAUAACAAAUAUGGUGGUCGUCUCCUUUCAAGGGGUAAUCUCACUAGUUUUGCCCCAGACAGCAAUAAGUUCCUGGGCACACGCCAGAGUACCUGCAGUUGUGCCUGUAAAUCACUUGAAGAAUUUUUGCCUGUGUUUAGUGAUUGGAUAGAUAAGGUUAAAAAAAAGAAGGAGAAUUGCCGACUUUGUUUUUCGUGUGUUGGACACUCUUUUGGGGGUAUAAUAAUGCGUGAAUUACUCUAUCUCCUUCUGGUAACAGAGGAUAUUAAUGAUUGUGGAAAGGAUUUGUUUAACUCAGUAAAGAUGGUGCGUGAAAAGUUUAUCCAAUUCAAUAUCACAUUGGAAAACUUUAUUACCAUCGCCACCCCGCAUUGUGGUGUGGAUGAGUGUAUGAUUUCCCCCAUGUACUACGGAGCAAGGAUUCUUGGCAGGUUAUGUGCAGCAUCAGUGGAAGAACUUCUUUUAAAGGACAACGAUGAAGUUUUGACGGUGCGACUCAUCAAUAGUGGACAUCUCGCAUCGCUACGCCUUUUUCGUCGACGAACACUCUUUGCAAACACGCAGAAAGAUAUAAUGGUUGGGUUUGCAACAUCCUCCUUACUUUUUAGCGAUACGAUACGCGAUAGGGUUCGUAUUGUUGGAACUGAUCCUAAGGACCUUCCUUGUGCUGCCGAAUUUGCAGACGAUCACAGUUGUUAUUCGGCUGUAAUACACUUGCCUCGAUUGGAGAAGGAAGUGACGACAGCAACACCAUCACACACAUUAAAUGAUUUGUAUCAAUAUAAGAAUAAUACAAUGAUACAAGAGGAUGUAGAUCCCUCUUUGAAACGUUUGUCACGAUCAAUUGCUGCAGCACUUCGGCGAUAUUUAGAUUGGGACGUUAUCGCACUCCGGUAUACAAAUCCUUUACCUCUGGCUCAUGUAUCUUGUCUUGGAAUGGUACCCCAGUACGCUUCAGCUCCUGAAAUAGUACAGCGGGUGGCACAGGAAAUCAUUAAGGUAUAUUAA